AUUCGUGGGAGUCUUGUGCAAAGCGUAAACCGAUUUUCGAGUAAAAAAGAAAAGAUAUACUUGAAGAAACGGUGCUGAAUGAUGCACCAUGCGAAAUGAUGACACCACUUUCUCUAAGGGCAUAUCACAGAGGCAGCUAUAAAUGAUCAUAAAAGGCGACCUUAGUGAUGGUGCAGCUACCAGAACUAUAUGAUGUCACCACAUUUAGCUGAAGAUGCGCCUUCAUAAAGCCAGUUAAUUAAAUGAUUAUUUGUGAUAUUUGCUCGAUAUUGUCAUAACUAUGGGAAAACAAAGUAAAACAAAAAUUCCACGCUUUAUCUAUGGUGACGAUGUGUUCCAUACUAUGAACAGUUGUUUGUACACGCCAAGGAAAAAAGGUCAACAGGCUAAAAGGGUGGUGCUACUUAUCUUUUUAAACACUGUAUAUAUAUAUAUCAUAUAUAUACAUAGGUUAAGAUGCUGAUAAGAAGAAAAUUAGAGGAUUUUUUUUUAUAAGAAUGGUAGCAGUGACAAUUGAUAAUUUUAAACAUAUCAGUGUAAUCAUAUUAAGUUUAUGAAAAUAAUCAUAAUGAUUCACUACCACUAUUACAAUCUGAUAAUGAUAAAGAGCAUGCAACUGUUAUUGGAAACGUUGAUGAAAAUAACAAGGCAUUUAACUCAAGGACGAUUUUUAAUAGUUAUUCUUUUCAUAUCAAUAUGAAUAGAUAUGAUCAAUAGAUAUAAUAAUUAACGUGCAGAUGGCUACUUUUGAGAACUGCAAUUUAUGUAAUUUUCGUAAUUCGUGCGUAUAUGAUAUACUUCUAUGUAUUCAUACAUUCGUAUCUAUACAAUAUAUACCAAAGGGGCAAGUCAGAGAGUUUAAAACAUUCUUCCCCUAAAAUACCCAGCGUGGCAUUUAAGGACGCAUUAUUUUCCAAACUUCUUUGCUCAUUUAACCUUGCGACUAAAACAGAGAUAACCCAGCAGCGAGUGUAGCUUCGUUUCGGCCAUAAGAAGACAUCACUGCGUCAUCUCUCAUCGGCAGAGCAGUCGGUGAAUCCUUGUGGACAUGAGGACUUUGGCCAUCGCUGUCGCCCUCGUGGCGUUUGUCGCUGUCAGUGAGAGCGGUAAUCCUGAAGCUGAUGCUGAGCCCAGCCGCAAUGGAGGCGGCUUUGAAGGCCAUGGACUCGUGUCCUACAGACCCAUGACCAGAAGCUACAGUUACGGACACUGGAAGAGGAGUGCGGAGGCUGAGGCCGAGUCCGAGGCUGAGUCCGAGGCUGAUCCAUCCCGCAUCGGAUACUGCUAUGGCAGCUAUGGGCACGUAUCCUUCAGGCCAGUGUACAGCAGCUACGGUUACGGACGCUGGAAGAGGAGUGCUGAGGCUUAGCCUGUAGCUGAGGCUGAGGCUGAGACCGAGGCUGAUCCCUCCCGCUUCGGAUAUGGCUAUGGCGGCUAUGGGCGCGUGUGCUUUAGGCCGGUGUACAGCAGCUACGGUUACGGACGCUGGAAGAGGAGUGCUGAGGCUGAGCCUGGAUUCAGCUUCGGUCGCAGCUUUGGAGGUCACAGCCGCUUCAGAGGCUAUGGCGGAAGCUUUGGAGGACGUGGUCGUUUCUACGGUUGAAGGAUUCUUUUAGGUCAAGAUGAAUAAAAUUGAGCAAAUUUA